CAUGGCGGACCCGGGAGGGUGGAAUGUUUCACAGCAACAGGAGUUGGCAGAGUAUGAUAACGAGAACAGCUUCGCGAUGAUGAGUGACACGUUUAAUAUCAGCGACAUUAACAACCUAGAUGAUCUGAUAUCAAACUGCGAGAAUGAGUUGUUCUCCAAGAACAGUAACAUAUUUGCCGAUGACGCCCUAUUGUCGCAACUGACCGAAGAAGAUGAAUCAUUUGACUUUAUGAACGUAUCGAGCUCUGUGCCAUUUCCAAAUACUGUCGUUCAGCAACAGGCAGUGGAUCAUCAGAAAACAGCUCCACAACUUCAGAACUCUGGACUGGCAUUUCAGCAACAAAUUUCGCAGACAACUAGGAGCCAAACCGCAAUACCAACAUGCGUCUCUCAGACGUCUCUUCAGCAGACACCAAAGUUGUUGCAUCCAGCUACCCAGCAAGCAACUCCUGCUGGACCUCGCAUUCAAUAUGUUCAGCCACGUAAGCAACAGCCUAUAGUGAAGCAAGUGGCACCAGCUCCCACUACACAAAAAACUACUGUUCCUGUGCUACAGAAGGUUCCAGGCCAGUUAAAUCAACUUCUCACUCUUCAAGGAAUGGGACAAGUUUCGUCUGAUAAAGUGCAGCAGGUACUUCUCCAAACACAACUCUUAAAAUCAGAACCACAGAUGACAUCAACAGCAGUCAUGUACACUACGUCACAUGUAACGGGCUCAACAACCAGUCCCUCUCCUGCUGGAACUUCAAUACACACACUAGUAAAUACUGCCAAUGGUACAAUUCUUGCUACAGGAAUUCCAGUUGUGCUGGACACUGACAAACUUGCUCUCAAUGGAAUAGCAGCUGUGACUCCAACUACUCGAGAACCGAAGGUGAAGGAAGUAAAGAGAAGUGCUCAUAAUGCUAUUGAAAGACGCUAUCGAACAAGCAUAAAUGAUAAAAUUAUUGAAUUGAAAAAUAUUGUAGUCGGAGUUGAUGCAAAGUUAAAUAAAUCAGCAAUUUUACGUAAGGCCAUUGAUUAUAUCAGAUACCUCCAGAAUGCAAAUGCAAAGUUAAAGCAAGAAAAUAUGUCUCUAAAAAUGAGUGCUCAGAAGCAGUCCUUACAAGAGCUGCUGAAGCCAGAAAGUGUGAAGUCUGAAAUGUUCAUUGAUGGGGAGAUUACACCACCACAGUCAGACAUUUCUUCUCCAUCGCUUUCACCACCUCAUUCGGACAGUUCUGUACCACCAUCACCUGAGAAUUCAUUUGAAAUGGAGAUGAAGAAAGAAGAUAGUGACUGUAUGCACAGGGUCAGCAGUGGAAUGCUUGACCACUCCAGAAUGACACUUUGCAUGUUCAUGUUUGUUGUUAUGGCAUUUAACCCAUUUGGUAUAGUUCUCAACAAAUACAUGAACACAGAUACUGAUUAUCUCCAACCAAGUACAGUAGGAAGAACAAUUCUAAGUGAUGAAGGUUCUGAUGGAGGCAUAUGGAGUUUGACAAGCACAUCACUGUUUUUGUGGUUUUUCAAUUUUAUAAUUUUGGUUGGCUGUCUCAUUAAAAUAUUUGUAUAUGGCGAUCCAGUAAUGCCUUCAAAAUCAGCUGCAUCAACUGUAUUCUGGAGACACCGAAAGCAAGCAGACUUUGACAUAACAAAGGGUGAGUUACCUGCAGCUACACAGGAACUUCGCCGUUGCCUUGUUGCGUUUGGUCAACCACUUCCUGCCUCAAAGCUCGAGUUAUUGUCAUCAACAGCAUGGCAGAUUUUAAGACAACUGCUGCACCGACUCUGGGUUGGCCGCUGGUUAGCAAAACAUGCUGGUGGCUUUUUUGCUGAUAGCUCAACACGACGGGAGGCCAUUAAUUCUGCUCGUGACCUGUCACAAGUGUAUCAUCGACUGAACCAGUUACAUCUUGUGGGAGGAUCUGCAGAUGGUCAUUGGACAGGCAUUAUGUUGGCACUGAGUGCUGUCAAUAUGUCUGAAGCAGCUGCCCAUCUGUUAACUGUGGAGCAAAUGGCAGAUGUAUAUGUUGCAGCUGCACUUCGUAUAAAAGAGUCAUGUCCCUCUUUCAUGCAGAUACUAAACAGGUAUUAUCUUGGUUUGGCACGUAAUGUAUGCCGUAGCCAAGUUCCUGCAAGACUUCAGUGGUUGUUUACAUCAUAUGGACAUCGCUUUGUUGUAUCUGGUCGAUGGAUCUAUGGACCUGCUGCUGCAGCACCAUCACCCUUUAGCCAACUGGGCUCGCGUGCUGAUCCAGUAGCAUGUGUGGCACGUGCUUACCGUGAUCACCUUCUUCUGUGUGCGUUACAAACUUUGGCUGCACCAGGUGCAGGAAACACUCCAUUAAUUGGAACUACAUCUCAGAUGUCAGAGAUUUCAGAACCAUAUCGCCGUACCCAGACAGCAGAUGUUCUCACUUACGUCCAGCUACUUAUGGAAAACGCUGUUGCUGCUACCGCUUCCAAGCAUCAGCAUGCAUCUGCAUUUCAUGUCACAAGUAGUGAAGAUGAAGUUGCUCACUGGUGGUCAGGUGUUAUUGGUGUAGUUGCUUAUUGGAUGUUGGGUGAGGAAACUCAGGCAGAAAGGCUCUACGCCCGCGUUGAGGCAAUGCCCGAGAUUCUGGAAAGCCUAGCUGACCCUUUGCCACGAGCUAUGUUAGCCGCUUUCCGUGCUCGACGUGCUGCAUUAGUACACUGCAGUAGCAGGAGUCCGGGAAGACGGGCACGCUCUUCAGCCCAACAUGCAUUGGCCCUGUGCAACACUGCAGGCAGUCUUCUUGAUGAGAGUUUGACUUACGCAAGCUGCAGACCAUCUGACAACACAGUUCUGCUUGCUCAGUUACUCAUAUGUGACUGUCUUCUUGAGACGAGAACAUCUUUGUGGGAAGAUGAAAUGGGCGAUGUGGAUGUGAACGCAACAAACAUCACAGUUCCAGUCUCCAAUGCAGUUCUUACAGGAUUUCAGAGGGAUCUGUCAUCUUUGAGACGUCUUGCACAACUUGUACCUUCUGCAUUGGCACGAGUUUUCCUGUAUGAAGCGACAGCACGAAUGAUGGCUGGUGCUGCACCAGGACGCACACAACAACUUCUGGACAGAAGUCUUCGACAGCGACAUAGUCGUGGAUCAAUUAUCUGUGGAAAAGAUAAAAGCCAACAAGAAGUUAGUGGAGAGCGAGAGCAUGCAAUGGCCUUAUAUCUGGCUUGCCGCCACCUGCCAGCACAGCUUCUCUCAUCACCAGGCGAGCGUGCUGGCAUGCUUGCAGAAGCAGCGAAGACUCUAGAGAGAAUUGGUGACCGAAAGAGGCUUGGGGAAUGCUACAAUCUUAUGAAAUCUCUUGGUAGCAGUUCUGUCACAAAUUAAGUGAUCUUAGUAUUUUAUGAGACACAAUUGACAUUCCAGAUCUUUUUAGUUUCUCUCCAAGUCUGGACAAGCAUUGAAACAAUUGCAAUUGACAUUUCUGUCUUUUGUUUCUUAAACUAAGUAAACUCCAUCAAUCUCCUCCUGCAGUAUGAUUAAUUUGUUUGCAUUGAAAAUCCAAAGAUAACCCAGGCCAAUGAAAAAUGUCUUUAGCUAAUUUUUGCUACGUAAUGGCUCAAUCCCAAUCUCAAGGAUUUUUGUAUACUAAAUUCAAAUCUGACUUCAGUUUUUUCCCAUCACAUAAGUUUUACCGCAACAUGACUUCUUUAUAAACUAGAAAAUUAGCAAAACAUUUGUAAUUGUAAUGAAAAGUAAUUUAAUUUUCUAGCAUGAGUGAAGGUUUUAUACUAAGGACAUGCGUGAAAAAAAGUCGUUAUUGCAUAGCACUUACGUGUCCACUGACUUAACGUAAAUUUUCUGUAUACGCCAUUGACUUACAUUAAUUUUCUCUAUCCUCCUUAAAGCAUCUACCAUUGCUUUCACUGUGGCGAAUUGCCUUUUGUACGUCUCAAAGUGAUGCACAGUCUCUCUUAUUGUAUGGGUGCUCCAGCAAUUGUGAUACCUUUUGUCAUCACUUUAAUGAUUUGAUGAAAGUGCUCACCUUGUUCCUCUCCGACAUACACAAAUUUGCAGGGAGAAAAUUGUGGCAUGUGCUCAAAAAUGAAAAUUGAGCCCCAUUAAACAGCCUAACUUCAUGGACUUUUUCAGCAUAUCAAUUACAACAGAAAUGUGAUGUGGGUCUUUUUUAUUACCUGAGAACUUGGUAACAAACACCUCCUCCCUCCCUCUUACUCAGUCAUUUAUGAUUUGAAGAUGGAAUGAAACAUCAUUUUUCAAAUAUUAGAUCCAAACAACCCAACUGCUUUUAAUUUUGCCCCUGAUAAAUGGGGAAUUUGCUCGCUGAAAUUCUUGAAAAUUUCUCCGUCUUAGGACAAACUAUUCAUGAAAGAUAAAUCUUAUGUGCAAAUAUUCAAACUCUGGGGCCAAAAGGUUAGCAUUAAGACUAAGUAUCCACAGUUAAUGUCCUUUCGUAAAGGUCACACCUAAAAUGCUGCAGUUUAUUAAAGAGUGCAACAUAUUUUGUACAGAUUCAGUAGUUUCUUUUCCUUCCCUGCCUAACAGGUAUACCAAGUCCUCUGGCUCAGCAGGUCUGUGGGACUGCCCCCAUUCUGCACCAUUGACAGCUGUCAGAUCUAAAGAGUAUCAGGAGUAUCGGCAGCUGGCCUUGGCUCUGGCAUGUUCGUGAAGAUCACCUUGAAGCUGAUAUCAGUGUUCUUGAUCUAUGGUAGCAAUUGCACAAACGCUCGCAUACUGCUUCAGUCUCAGUUCUGUGUACUGCAGAUUUUGGAGCGGUGUUAUCGAAUGCAAGUGCCAUUUUGGGCCAACAGCAGUUUCUAGAUUCUUCUCAAACCCAAUGGCCAACAUUAUUGAGAAUGUUGUGUUUGGGCCUGGGGGAUGGAAGUUCUGUAGAAUUUGUUUUGCAGAUGACAGUGCUCAACAACCUGCGGAAUAGUAUUCGUGGGCCUGACAUGGAGUACGUAAAGUGUGACAAAAUCCUCUAUUUGAAAACAAAAGUGUUAUAGUUUACUUGAAGAAACAUUCGGUGUACAUGAACCACUAAUGAUUCCUUCCACUUCUAUCCCAAAACUUAAAAUAGGUAAAAUUGCAUUAAAAAAAUAUAUUAAUUUCAAAAAAUGGUAGUUAAUAUGGAUUUAUUAAAAAGCUUAUUUUUCCUUGGCCUGGAUAAUUUUUUUAAUAGAAUAUCAUCAGCUGUUGUUAAAAAGUAAGGGUAUUUUCUUAAUCAUGUGAUCAUUUCAUCUGUCUUUAAUGUGAGAUCAUAGUUAUUAAAAGAACUAGAUUUACAGUUAAAUGCAAAAAAAUAUUUUCAACAAUUAUGCAAGUACGAAGGAGUUAAUUUUUGUUAGUCCACUUUAAAUUGCUUUACAGUUUGUCCUUAUUUCAUUUAAAAUCUCUUCAUAAUAGAAAAUGUAGCGGAUUACAAACAAAGAAAAAAAAUGUUGCAGAGUUCUUAAAUCAUAUUUAUUAAACUUGUUGACGCACUGUAAUUCUGGUGAAUUUGUAAUAUUUUGUAAAUAUGUAGGGAAAGAGGAAACUCAGAUUAUUUUCAUAUAAUUUUCCACAUUCGUACUAAGAGUAAUUCAUGUGUGACAUCACUCUAUAAGUUUUAUUGUAGAGAAUAAACUAGCCACUUAAACUACCACAAAUUACUGUAUACAAACCCUCACUCUGUUUUGUUAUUGUCUCAUUCAUUGGAUGUUAAAGUAAGAUGUGUUAGAAUCUGAGUAUUUUCUUUAUCAUAUGGUUAUAAAUACUCAUUGAUUCCAAAACUAUUUUAAACUGUUUACAUAUCUAUUAUUUCUUGUAAUUCUUUUGUGCUUCUGAGUUUUCCAGUCACUCAGAGAGAGAGAGAGAGAGAGAGAGAGAGAGAGAGAGAGAGAGAGAGUGAGUGAGUGAGUGUGUUUUACACAAUUGUACAGUACAACUUUUGUAACUUAAAUAAAUUUUAUAAGAAUAAGA